AUGACGAUUGAAACACCCCAGGUUCGAAUCGUGGAAGUAGGACCCCGCGAUGGCCUCCAGAAUAUCCGCGCGAAAGUGCCUACGCCAACAAAACUGGAGUUAAUUCAGCGUCUCCGGGAUGCCGGACUACGCACGAUCGAACUCACAUCAGUCGUGUCGCCGCGCGCGAUUCCACAAUUGGCAGACUGUCGCGAGGUCCUUGGACAUUCUUCGGUGAAAACGUUGCUCCAGAAUAAUCAAGCUGGUCUGCGAUUCCCGGUGUUGGUGCCUAAUAUCAAGGGUUUGGAUAUCGCUUUACAGCAUGGGGUGAAGGAGGUUGCUGUGUUCAUCAGUGCGACGGAGGGAUUUAGUAAAGCCAAUAUCAAUUGCUCGGUUGAGCAAGGGAUUGCGAGAGCUACAGAAGUGGCCGGGUUGGCGAGGAAGGCGGGCGUUGCUGUUAGAGGAUAUGUAUCUUGCAUCUUCGCGGAUCCAUACGAUGGUCCCACACCCGAAGCCGCGGUCUGGCGAUGCGUCAAAUCCUUGCUAGAUGCGGGCUGCUACGAGAUCAGUCUCGGGGAUACCCUAGGCGUGGGCUCGCCGUCAAACGUGAACAUCCUGCUCAAAUAUCUGACAAGCCACGGAAUUCCCCUUUCAAAAUUGGCUGGUCACUUCCACGAUACAUACGGUCAAGCCGUAGCCAACGUCUGGGAGGCAUAUACCUGCGGAUUGCGAGUAUUCGACAGCAGCGUGGGCGGACUGGGAGGAUGUCCCUUUGCCCCAGGUGCAAAGGGCAAUGUAGCAACCGAAGACUUGGUAUACAUGUUCCACAACGCAGGAAUCAACACGGGCGUUGACCUACCCAAGUUAGUCGAGACGGGUGAAUGGAUCUCACAGCAACUAUCCCAGUCCAACUCCAGUCGAGCCGGGAAAGCCCUAUCCAUCAAAACAAAGCCGCAGACCUCAGCACCCACAACCUCCAAAGCCAACUCGAAACAGAUAACACCCCUGAAAUGGACCCUUAUCUCUUCACCAGAAGGCCUUUUAAUCCACCGCAAUGGCCCAACCCUAAAGAUAACCCUCAAUCGCCCCAAAAACGGCAACGCCCUAACAUCCUCCAUGCUAGCCACACUGACAUCAACAAUUCAAACGGCUAACACCGACCCCCUCACAACCCGCAUAGUCUUUACCGCGGUUGGCCGCUUCUUCUGCACAGGCAUGGACCUAGGCAAAGGCAGUUCCCCCGUCGCCCAAGGUUCCUCCGCGUCAGAUGCACAAUUCACUCGUCUCACGGCGCUGUAUGAGGCACUUGAUACUUCGCCCAAGGUUACCAUUGCGGCAAUGAAUGGGCCCGCAUUUGGUGGGGGUGUAGGCUUUGCGUUUGCGUGUGAUAUAAGACUCUGUGUGUCUGGCCCGGCCUGUACGCUGAGUGAAGUCAAAUUGGGGCUUGCGGCGGCGACUAUUUCAAAAUAUGUCGUUCGGGAGUGGGGUGUGCCAUUUGCGAGGGAGGCGAUGUUGACGGCGAGGAGUGUUAGUGCGGAGGAGUUGUUGACAAGGGGGUUGGUUUCUGGUGUUUCCGGGAGUAUCGGGGAGUUAGAGAAGGAGUUGGAUGCGUUGUUAGCGAGGAUGAAGUUGUGUUCACCUGGUGGGUCGAGGAUGUCGAAGGAGCUGGUUCGGUUGGCCUGGGCGCAUGGAGGCAAGGAGGAGCAGGCUAAGGGAAUCAAGGAAGUGUUUGAUGAGAUGAUGAAAGCGGAUGGUGAAGGGGCUGUUGGGUUGAGGGAGUUCCAGAUGAAGAGGAAGAUGGAUUGGGAUAAGUUUGUACUUGAGGCGAAGCCGAAGUUGUAG